UUUAAAACAUGGCUGCCAUUUUGACUUGUCUUUUUAAAUCCUUUCAAUGGAUUCCUGUACUCUUUAUCAACGCAGUGAUUGUCUGGUCUUACUAUGCUUACGUCUUGGUUCUUUGCUUUGGUGAGAGCUCAAAAUUUUAGGGCCUAAAGGCGUUGAAUUGUUGAUUUCGUGAGCAUUAUACAGUUAGUGCUCUUGUGCCGAGUUAGGAAACUGAAAUUCUGCCUUCCGGUUAAAUAACUUUCUUAUGAUCUUGUUCUCUUUGUUUCGAUUUCAGAGAGUGUGCAGUCUCCAUUCGAAAGAGGUAAACGAAACUCUGCUAGAGACGUUAAUAAAAGUUUCGUGUGAGAAAUACACGAAUUACAAUCUGAUAAAAUCAAUACAACUUGCGUACUAAUGUUUAUGUGAAUUUCGUAAUUUGAUCGCUUCGAAAUGUUGCCAAAUUAUGAUUUCUCCUUCUUUUAAAUUUCAGCUGCGUAUUUGAUCUUCUAUCAUCCUUUCUUCUUCAUGUUGUUGAUCUCAUACUGGAGAACGAUAUGUACCUCUUCUGGUCUUGUUCCCUCGCAGGUUUGUUUAGUUUCAAAUAUUGGCUUAGAUGUCAUCGAUUUAGCAAAUAGUGCAGUAAUACUUUGCAAAUCAGAGAAUGUUCGCACUCUUAAUUUGUAAAGAGUGCUGUGAAAACGAAAAUAGUUUAGGAUUACUUCUACCGCCGUAAGUGUGAUCAGAUGACCUGAUCUUGAACUUGGGGAUCUUAAACUAUUAUAUAAUAUAGGAAACAUUUGUAGAAGACAACUCACAGCUGUAUUAAUCACGGACUUCAAAACCCAGGUUGCUCCUAACUUAGAGCCAAAACUGUUCUAAAUGUUACUUUAGUUACAUGUUACUAAGAAUUUCCAGUUAAAGUACAAACUCGGUUGCAAAAAGCUGUUUCUUGAAAAAUUCUGCACAACAUUGCAAAUUAUAAAAUUUGGAAUUAAUACACUUUUCAUGAAAUGGUUAUCCUUUUUAAAAGGAGUUUUAAGACUACACUGCAUAUCAUAUGUAAUUAAAUGUUAAUCUUGUUUUCAAUUUUCAGUUUUUCCUGUCAAGAGCAGACAGGGAGGCAUUAGAUAAUGGAGUAUGUAAUUUACUUAUUGUUCUUAUUAAUUUUAAAGCUAUCUUAGACUAAAGAUGCUCCCUGGAUGAUGCUUUUUUGAAAGAAGUAAAAAGAAACCAAAUUAUUUAGAUCUAUGAGGAUAAGAGUCAUGUUUUGCCCCGUUUCAAAAGGCACAUCACUCAACAGAUCUAAGAAUUACCAAUGCAAGUUUUAUAACAUAGCUUCUUUAAAUUAAAGAACCUGUGUAAUACUCAGCCACUGAUAAAAGUUUGUCACAAAAUGGUAUAUUUAUACACAGGGAAACUUUGUUGCAACACAGGUUUUGUUAUUAGAUGACAAUGUGUCAUGAAUUUUGGGGCACAAGAAAAUUUCACCCCUAAUGAAUAAAACUGCUCAGGUCAGGAAUUCUGCAUCAAUAUUCUUGGAGGUUCACAAUGUAUUUGCUGAUGUUUUUUGUUAUCUUAUAACCUUCAAAAUAUAAAUGAUAGGAAAUAUAUUUCCAUCAAUAAAUUACCAUCAAGCACAGUUUACUUUUAAAGUAAACUGUGCUUGAUGGUAGCAGAUAGAUCAGUAGAAAUGCUUAGUAAUAACUGGCCUAGUAACAAACUUACAUUAUUUAAUAAUUCUAGUGAAUUUUUUUUGCAAUAAGCAUUAUUAAGGAUAAUUAAUUAACACUGAAUUCUGAUUAGGGAGGCUACUCAGGAGUGACAGUGAGAUUAAAACAGACGUUUUAAAAAGAAAAACUUUAUUUUUUUGUGAUGUGUUGUCUUUCCUUUUUAGUUCACAAUGUACAUUUAUGAAAACUGUUUUCCUUUGAAAUCUGUCUCUAGGAUCCUAAAGAAGUCUUAGAAAAAAUAUCAAGAAAACUUCCAGUUUUUACACAGACCAUAUCAGGAGGUAAGAUCUUGAUUUUAUUGGAUUUUCUUGCGUCUUGUCACUUCAAUAUUAUGGAGUUUUUUUUAAAAUAAUUAAUUGGAAUUCUUUUGCAGCUGCUAGGUUUUGUGAUGUUUGUCAAGCCAUCAAACCUGACAGAUGUCAUCACUGCUCCAUGUGUAGAAAGUAAGUUGAACAAGAGGAGACAAAUUUCAUUUUCAGUUGAACAAAAUCUGAUUUUGUUAUUUAAUUUGGUAGAACAUUAUAGCGAGGGAAAUUAGGCAUUUUGGAACACUGAUUAAAACUAUUUAGUUACAAAAUUUUUAGAAGGGGUGAGAAGGAGUUUCACAAAGCCAUAUGCAAUUGUUAAUCUCUUAAUUUGCAAGGCCAGAUUGAUCAUUACCUUUCCCUUUUAGUAUCUUAACAUUUCCAUGUGAAUUAAACCAAGAGGAUGUGGUGUAACCUUAUGAUAACACCAUUAACCCUUUCAUUCUCAAGAUCUUAAUAGCAAUUCUCCUUACUUUUGCAGUUUGGAAAGCCUCAAAACACUAGAACAAAAAUUUAUCUUCCAAAUCAGCACCCUUAAUCCCCAUGGAAUCAACGAGCGCUUUUCAUUCAACUAAUUUAUUCCUGUGUUCUCGUCACCAUAUUCCCACCAAUAGCCUAGCUCCACUUUCUACAUAUAAACCCACACACAAUCCACAAUUCCUCCAAUCACUCUGACGAAGGGCUAAUGCUCGAAACAUCAGCUUUUUUUUUUACCCAUAACAAUGGCCAAUUUACAUUUUCAACUCAGUUGUUAACACUAAAUUACCUGCAAUUUUCCUUACUGUCUACCAUACAAUUCUUAUGAUGUCAGUUUGGAGAAUUUGGUAUGGGAUCAAGGGAUAAUUCCAUCUUGGUCACUCAUGGGAGGUUAAGGAUUAAACUGACAAGUAUUCGGUUUUCUUUUUACUUGAUUGCAGGGUAAUGUGGCCCUCACAUUGCCAGGGAAAGAUUCACCUUAACCCUUUAACACCCAGGAUCUCAUUAGUAAUUCUCCUUACUGUCGCCAUACAGUUCUUGUGAUUUUAGUUUGAAGAAUUUGGGAUUGGAUCAACUUACAAUCUCCUAAUUUAUAUUUUUCUUUACUCUCGUCACUUUUCUGCUUGAUGUUUUAUUGAUAUUAUAAGGAGAAAUUCUGUCUUGGUCACUCAUGGGAGUUAAAGGGUUAAUCAUUAAUAAUAAAUGGGGAUGAGGGAAAAUAACUUUUUUUUAAUAGUUUAUUUUGUAUUUAUUACAGAUGUAUUUUGAAAAUGGACCACCACUGUCCAUGGGUGAAUAACUGUGUUGGAUUUACAAACUACAAGUUCUUUCUGCUAUUCCUGUUUUAUGCAAUCCUUUACACACUCUAUGUCACAGCAACAGUUACAAAGUAUUUCAUUGCAUUUUGGAAUGUAAGUCUAAGAAAUUUUCAAUAUCGUUCCAUUUUUACUUUUGUUAUUUAAAGGGAUGUCAAAGAUUUGAUAGCAGUGUGUUCCUUGGGUGGUGUUAGAUAGACCCAUCCUUGCCAAAUUUUAUAAAUGUUUUUAAAAUAUCAUUGUUGACAAGAAAAGGUUGUCAUUCACUAGGAAGGGUGCUUGUUUCAAGGACAUAACCCAGUGUAACUGUGUGUUGAAGGUUUUUCAUGUUGUCAUUUUCUUGUCUCUUACAGAACUCUUUGGAAGGUGAUGGAAAAUUGCACAUUUUGUUUUUGUUUUUUGUUGCCCUCAUGUUUUGUAUAAGUCUUUGGUCACUUUUUGGUUACCAUUUAUAUCUUACUGGUAACAACAAGACAACACUUGGUGAGUUUGAAGUUUUAGUUCAUAUCUUUUUCUUCUGCCAAAUAUGUGCAUGAUUAUAAAGUAGAUAUCUUUUAAAUAGCUAAACAUAAGCAUUGAAAUGAACAUUUUUCCAACAGCUGAUGAUAUACAAUGUAGAGAAAUGACCUUCACUGGUAAGCUGCAAUUAAAUCAACUACAGAAAAGAGGCCUGAAAAAUUCAGGCCUCAACAGAAUUCAAAACUGAGCCUCCCACUUAUUAGUUAGGUGCUUAACCAGGAGGCCCUGGUUUGAAUCCCAUCCAUUCUGCAAUUUCUUUCAUUGCAGCUCACCUGUGAAGAUCAUCUCUCUACUUGUUAAACAUGUUAAGUAAUCUAUCCUUGGAAGCCUAAUUGGUUUUAACUCUACCUUCUCCACAUACCCUUCAAUGAUUUUAUAUCAUGUGAGCUUGAUUUUUUCAAUGAAAAUAUUAAGCUUAUUAUACAUUUUUUGUCUGCAUGAGUUGCAAUGCUAUUCAUGUCUAGUUCUCAAAUAUUUUGUAAAGUAGUGUUAAGUUCAGAAAAGUUUAUAAAAUUUGUUUAUCUACAGUGAUGUACAUGUAGUUCCUCUGUUUCUUUCCUGACAGAGUCAUUCAGAGUUCCUCAUUUCUCUUAUGGCCCAAAUAAGGAUGGCUUCAGUUUGGGAACUGUAAUUAAGAAUGCAGAACAAGUUUUGGGACUCAACAAGUGGUAUUGGUUUUUACCUAUUUUCACCAGGUAAGAGUUUUGUAAAUGCAUUCCACUACCUUCUCCCUGCCCCUCCCCCUCCCCCUCCCCCUCCCAGACAAACACACACUUUCCCCUCCCAGUGUACCCAGCUAAAAAGCCAUGUUGGAGUUUUCCUUACAUAAUAACCAUUAGCUACUCUGAACCCCACCAUCUGAUUUAUCAAGUUUCAUAAAAAUUAAAAAUAAAGAAAUAAUAAAAAAUAAAUUAAUAAUGGUAAAAUACUGGUUUAUUAAAAGAAUAUAAAGAAGAACCCUGCUGACUCAAACUCCCAGAGGUUCCUCUGUAUAUCCACAAGUUGACAGUUUAUACACAAAACUCAAAACUGUUUUUACUCUGCACUCCUAGUACAAAUAGCAUAGUAGUAUUGUUUGAUAGCAGCCUAGUUUAGAAUCUUGAAAAUUACUAGCUCAAUUUUGAGUUAAGAAGUGACAUUUUCCAAUUUUUCAUUUCUUGGACAGUAUUGGUGACGGAGUUCACUUCCCACUGGUAAAUCAACCUGAGCAAGACUCAUUAUUAAAUGAUCAGCAAAGAUGGAUGGAGGAAGGGGAGUUGGAUCCACAGGACACCCACUCCAAUGACGACAAAGGUGAUUCUACAAUUGUGGCCAUUGAUAUUACAUCAGAAGAGCUGCUGCAUGAGAACGAAGUGGAAACUCAGGUGCCAUAUGCUCACAGGGCCAAACCAGAUGUGCUGGCAGUUCAGGAAGAUGACAUUCAAGAUGGGACGGCAUUGUAAUAUCUGCUCUGAAGCGCUAGUUUCCCUGGCUGGAACUGUUGGUGUUUGCCAUGGACUCUUGCUGAGGCAGUAUUUCAUCAACAUAAAUGUCAUUGAAAAAAAUAAUGCUGGCUGGUAAACUUUUCCAUUUUCUGGAACAGAGGAAAAAUUCACUGCGACUCAAUCAAAGAAUGGACUCUUACUGAAUUGGGAACCAGUGGUUGAAUAACAUGUUGUGACCAUUUUGGAAAAGUACGUGGUGCUUAGUCUAUGAUAUUUACAUAUGACUGCUAGUGUACAUUGAUUUUAGUUUUGCGCCAAACAUAUGGAAUGCUGUAUGGAUUUGAGAGAAAUCUAGGGACUGAAAUGUGUUAAAGCAACAUUUGAUUUAUUUAUCACAUGGCUCAUAGAUCAUGGAUUAUGGAUUUGCAAGAUAAACAAUUUGUUGAAGUUCUCUAGACUAGGUCAUUAUUUCUUAAAUGUAAUUUUAUAUCUGAGUAAUUUAUUUAAAAACCUAAUUUUGGCGUUAGGUUUGAGCAACUACCCAAAAGGCAGGUAAUGUUACAAGGAGUCUUGAGUUUUGGACACCAAUGAAAAAAUGAAAAAAGUGAAAAUUUGCUGCAGAUAAAAAUAGUUGCAGAUUGUAAAUAGUAUAGGCAUCAGCAGAUGUGUUAUUAAACUAGCAAUUUUGAGGAUAUCUAGCUAAGACUCUAAUUGUCCAAUGCAAUGUAAAUUCUUUCAAGCUCAAGACAGCUGCAAGUGACUGUAAUUGUAUAUUUUAUCUUUUUGAGCUUAAAUACUCAAACUGAAUCAGCUUUAGUAGUUUUGUAGAUUCUUCGCAACAGUUGGGUCAUAUAUCAGGAUACUUCCCUUGGUUGAUCGUUUUACAAAUUAUUAUUACCUGUUGUUCAGUAUAGAUUUUCAAGGAGAAUUUAUAUUUUGGUCACUCCUGGGAGAGGAGAUAACCAAAGAGAAUUGUGCAAUCACGAUCUUGCUUUUUUUUUGUUUAAAUCCCAAUGUAAGGUCAAAGCAAAUUUUGUAAUUAAUGAACUGAUAGAGUAUAUGUUCUUAUGUUUAUUUUGCUUGAUGAAAUUGAUGGAAUGUAUGUGGUGUUUCUUUUAGAAUUUUUGUACUUACUGUAUCAAAAGAUUUAUUUUGCUUUCUUACUUACAUGGAUUAAAGAUGGGAAUACAAAGGUGUGGG